AUAUAUGGAUGAAUAUGCAUAUGUAUGUAGAUAAAAAGAGUCAUAAAAGUUUGUUGUUGUUUGGAAAGUCCUCUCGACUGUCAUCCUGCUCUUGGUUUUUGAGGUGUCUGUAAGUGAAUUGGUUUAUAUUUGGAGGCCUCUCCUUCCUGACACAAUGACAAGAUUUGAACUAAAUAUCACACCUGAUCCCCGGCCCCGGCCCGGCCCGGUCCGUUGCCAUUCCUAGCACAAGGAGAGGGGGAUCAGGAGGAGCAUUGGCCUGCAAACGGUUUGAGAAACACAUGCAUAUGUAUGUAGUUUUAGUAGUUUUAUCUAAGAGUAAUGUUCUAUAUAAUUAUAUUUUUUAUUUUAGUUUCUCACUCUUGAACUCAAAGUAAUAGGCCCUAGGCCUUUAUAUUCAUAAAUGCAGAUAAAAUCUGCUUGCUUUCUUGUGUUUUGUAGUGAGAAAAAGAUAUGAGGAAUAAGAUUAUAGGUAGCAUUUUGCUUCACCUAAUGUUAUCUAUCACUGAAAUUCUUAAGGGUUGAGUUCCUCUCCAAUGGUGAUUCCACUAGAUAAAUUUUGUUGUCCAAUUUUGUAAGAUAAAUGUGAUACGAUCUUGUAAUUAUCAAUAUCCAAUUAAUUUAAUUUUUUAAAUAAAUUAACUUAUCUACGGAUCCUAUAAAUUGAAAGGUUACAAUCAAUUAGGCGGUCCUAAAGUGAACCGAGGAGCCCAACCCAAUAGCACCACUCCAAUUAGAUCACCAACUCAAAAAAAUAAAAAAUAAAAAAUAAAAAUUCUUCAGAAAAUUUGCCAAAAAAUUAGAUAUAGGAGAUAGACUUUGAAGCAUUUCAAGGUUGUUCCAUUUUUUUUAGAUAACUAAAAAAAUAUACUAGCGAUGGUCAGUCUGUAAUGUGAGCUUUGAAAUUUAUGAGAAAAUCUUUUUGGAAAACUCUUUUAGACUGGUCUGUGAUCUUUUAAGUUUGGCUUCAUUUACGUAAUAUAUCAUAUGUUCUUUCUUUUUUUCUUUUAUAGAUAUAUAUAUAUAUAUAUAAUAAAUUUGGUAAUUUGUUUAGACAGGAUUUCCACUAAUUUUACAGAAUAUGCUGUCGAAUGCAAGUGUUGAUCCUGUCUCCCUUCACUUAGAUGAAAAGCUUGCACACCUAUGUGGUAAAGACUCCGAGUGUUAUAUCUACAAAGUGCAUGAUCGACUACGUUGGCAAAAUGAAAAGUUAUAUGAACCAGAAAUAAUUGCUAUAGGACCAUAUCACCAUGGUAAAGACAACCUACAAUGGAUGGAAAAACACAAAUUACGGUAUUUGCAAUUGCUUCUUAAACGAAGAAAUGAGACUAGUGUGGAUAGAUACAUAGUAGCCAUGAGAGAUUUGCAAGAACGAGCACUUAGAUGUUAUGCAAACUCUGUAUGGCUUAACAAAGACGAGUUUGUGAAAAUGAUGCUUCUUGACAGCUGCUUUCUCAUUGAGUUGUUUCGCAAAUUUACCAUAACAAGUAUGAGAGAUAGAAAUGACCCACUCUUCAAAAUUGAUUGGAUACUUCCAAGUAUAUGGCGUGACUUAUUGUUAUUUGAAAAUCAACUUCCAUUCUUUGUUCUUGUGCAGUUGUUCGAUAUGACCAAAGUUCUUGACCCUCAUGACAAUAUCAUUGAUUUAGCCAUUCGAUACUGUUGUUGUGUCAGUCAAUAUUUAUUUUAUAGUGCAUCGCCAGGUCUUGAAAAGAUUUUAUAUGCUUAUAAUGGAAUUUCAACUUGUGGUGUGAAGCAUUUUCUUGGUCUGGCACACCAAAUUACAUCUUUUUCGCUUUCGAAAUCAGUACCUCUAACAAGUGUCAUCGCAAACAAGAAAAAGAUAUGGGAACACAUACAUUGUGCCAUAGAGCUACAUGAGGUUGGGAUCAAGUUCAAGAAAUCUAAGCACAAUACAUUCUUUUAUGAUGUAAAAUUUAAAAAUGGGGUAUUAGAAAUCCCGACAUUCGUCAUACAUGAGAAGAUAGAAUGUCUUUUUAGAAAUGUAAUUGCAUACGAGCAACAUCAUCUCAAGGAGGACAUUGGCCUCAAAUAUAUCAGUGAUUAUUUAACUUUCUUGUGUUGCCUCAUUAACUCGUCACAAGAUGUCUCCUUGCUUCGUCGCCGUGGAAUUCUCAAAAACAUGCUAGGUGGUGAUGAAGCGGUUGUGUCAAUUCUUAACAAGAUUUCUACUUGUGCCUUUGCACCUCGUGACAAUUUUUAUUACUCUCAAGUAUUUAACGACGUAAGCGAGUAUAGUAAGCAACGUCGGAACAUAUGGACUGCGAUGUUAAGGCGUAAUUAUUUUAGCAGCCCAUGGACAAUCAUUUCGUUUCUUGGAGCUAUUAUGUUGCUUCUGCUCACUUUGACACAGACAAUGUUUUCCAUUCUUGCUUACAUCUGUAAUAGAGGUUGUUGAGCCCAUGGAAAAACUUUUAAUUGAGAUUAUUUGAAAUCUUGAACUAUAUUCUUAAGAAAGUUGGCAGGUAUUUGAUAAAAUUUUCCAAAAUUACACAAAAUGAUGUGGCAUAAUUAUAGAUUUAGCAUUUAAAAACAAAAAGAAAAAGGCAUUGAAUAUUCUUUAUAUUUCUUCAUAUUUCAUUUUGUGGGUCUCACAUUGGGCCCAUAAGAUGAUUGGAAUUGUUUAUCUUAUAGUCCUUAUAAUGAAGACUGUAAGAAGUGGAAACUUAAAAGUAUGAAAUUCAAAUCUCCUGCCCAAACUUUGAAGGCUAGAAGUGGUACAAAGAGUUCAAACCACGAAAUUCUCAGGACAAACUUUUGGACUUGAAAUGGUUGAGAACCAUGAAUCCAAAUAUCCUUUGCAACCGGACUCGAAAAGGUUUAGAGCCAUAAUUUACAUGUUAGAGCCAUGAUGUGACGAGUUUGAAAAUGGACCUUCUCUUGAAGAUGGAGAACUCGAAGAUAAAUUCGUUCAUCACUCAAAUUAGUCUUUACUCAAAGUUGAGGUAGCAGGACUUGGGAAGUCCCCUUGGACUUGGUAUCAUAUGGCAGGAAGUCCCUUGGACCACACCUGGCAUUUAUCUUGAGAUGGUGGGAAUUGUUGAUUUGGUGGCUAAAAUCAAAGGUUUGUCAAGAUAAUUUGUAAAACCCUCUUACAUCUUAUUGUUCUCGGGGAUACCUGAGGAGAAGACAUUGGUUGGGGGUUGCAAUUAUCUCGAUCAGGCAGUUAGGGAGGGAAUCUUUCUCAUGUGGUCACAUGGCAGCACCAUAAUCAAUUGCUUGGACUUCAAGCUAAUCUUGGGAAUGUAUACACCCACCCAUAGCUCAUGAUUCAGAACCAACAUAGCAGCAAAGUUGGAGAGUUGAAAUAAAAGAGUGAUCUUUCAUCCAAGCACCAUUUCUCUCAAUCCGUCGGAGAAGAUGAAUCUUUCUCAUGUGGUCAUUCGUUUAUUUUUUAUGUUUCCUAUCUCUCUAGUUUUCUUUCUUUGAUCUUUUAUCCAAGCACCAUUUCUCUCAAUCUCUUCUUGAAUCUAGUUUGAUUAUCAACAAGGCGAGCCUCUCUCUUUCAUUUCCAGAAAAAAUCAUCUCUUUCAGCAAAAUUCAUCUUCUCCUACAGGUUUCUGGCGAAAUCCAUCAUUUCCGGCGAGCUUACUAGAACCCAUCCCAUAUAAAGACUGACUGUACAAAGAAUCAGUUUCGUUAUAUAUCAAUCAAUAUAUGAACAAUUUAUAUUUUAUUUUAUAUAAUA